GUUUACCCCCUCUUUAUGUUGCUUUGGUGUGCAAUGUAUUUAUAAAUAUGCAUUGAAUUGGUAAUAAUAAUAAAAGAGAUUGUGUUGUGAGAUAAGAAAUUUCUAAGACUUAGGUAAAGUGGUAUGACCUGAAAAACUUUGUUUUAGAUCUUAUAAAUGAUUUAUAUCAUUGCUUUUUUUUUUUUUUUCUUUUCACAAAAACAACCUCUUCUAUUGUUAUUACCAAUUCGACAUAAACACACACAAUGGUUUGUGAGUUGAACUCAUGGAGGGGGGCUGAUAUUUUGCCUAUUAGUUGUCUACCAGUGCAUUGACAUCUUGACUGUAAAUGUGACUGCAGUGUUUUUUUGGUCACUUUAACAAGACAUUGCGUUGUGCAUCUUGUGUAAAUCGUGACAAUUAUUCCCUUCAUUGAAGGGGAGGGAUUGAAAGUUUGAGUGAUAUGAAUUCACAAUUGGGUUCUCCAAAGUAUCAUGAAAAAGAGGACCAUGGAAAUGAUGGAAUUGUGCAUGUAGUUUCAAGAAAGAGGAAGCUGAGUGGACGAGAAUUUAAGAAACUUCUAGUAUCACGGGUUAAGAGAGUGAAGGCCAUAGAUCAUGCACACGGAAAGCAGGAUAGGCUGUCUGAAAGUGGUUGCUCUGUCAGUGGAACUAAUGAACCCAGUGUAACCAACAUGAGAGUUGCAGAAAGCUCCUGUUCAAAUUCCAAAGAAGAAAGGUUGGAUGAUUCCCUACAAGAAUGUACCUCUACCUGCAAUUUACAAGAUAAAAUCAAUACAAAAUCAUUGCCUGACCUUGACUUGAAGCUUACAAAUCCAGAGGCUUGUGAUGUGCAGUACAUAAAUUCCAAACAGGAUAAUGAGAUUGGAAGUGAGCAUAGCAAAUGUCUGAUAUGCUCUAAAGGGGGAAAGCUAUUAUGCUGUGCUGGAAAAGGAUGUGGGAGGAAGUUCCAUCUCCCUUGUGUAGACCCCCCACUAACAUAUUUCCCUCUUGGAGCAUGGUACUGUAUUUGGUGUGUCAAAAAGAAGAUGGAAUUAGGUGUUCAUGCUGUGUCUGAAGGAGUAGAGUCUAUUUUGGAUUCUAGAGGAGCUGAUUGUGAAAAUGAAGUGAUGCAUAAACAGAAGCAAAUACAGAAGGAAUAUUUGGUAAAGUACAAAGGCCUUGCUCAUAUUCAUAACCGCUGGAUUCCAGAGGCAGAAUUGACUCUAGAGGCUUCAACACUGCUUGCAAGAUUUAACAAACACAAUAAGAAUGUGAGUUGGAAAACAGAUUGGACUAUGCCUCAUCGUUUGCUUGAGAAAAGGUUGUUGUUACUACCGGAGUCCAGUGAAACAGAUUCUCUGGGGCAUAAUGAUAAUGGUUCCAAUUGCCGUUAUGAGUGGCUUGUGAAAUGGACAGGCCUUGAUUAUGAUCAAGCUACUUGGGAAUUAGACACUGCUCCAUGUUUAAAUUCCUCCAAGGCAUUAAAAAUGAUCAGUGACUAUGAAAGUCAUCAUAAAAAGGCAAACCCAGAGGUGCACCCUUCCAAGAAUGAUAAGGAUAAGGGAAGUAGAAGUCCUCUUCCUGAGCUAUUGACAUUCCCAUUUGAAUUUACAGCUCAAGUGCACAGCAAUCAUCUCAUUUAUGUGAACAAACUUCUAAAAUAUUGGCGCACUAGCGAAAAUGCAGUUGUGAUUGACAGCCAGGAACGUAUUCUGAAGAUAGUGCUUUUAAUAUCAUCUUUUGCAAGAGAUAUGAGACGGCCAUUUUUGAUAAUCACUACUCGCCCUGCACUCUCAUAUUGGGAAGACGAGUUCUCACGUUGUGCAUCGUCUAUCAAUGCACUUGUAUACAAAGGGAAUGAAGACGUCCGUGCUGUCAUUAGGACUCUUGAGUUUUAUAAUGUGCAAGGUGCCAUUAUGUUCCAAGUUCUUAUCUCACAUUGUAAUGCAGUUGUUGAGGACAUUGAAAUGCUUAAAUCUAUAAGUUGGGAAGCAAUAAUCAUAGAUACUAGCCAACAGUCGUCUUCUGUGCGAAAUUAUUUUGAACACAUCAAAGUGCUUGCUACUGACAAGAAACUGCUUCUUUUCCGUCAAAUAGAGGAUAGAAGGUUCAGUUACCGCAAAUUUCUCUCUUUACUUGAUUCAGAAUAUGAAGAUGCCAAUAGUGAUUUCCCAGAGAGCGGAGCUUACACAGAAGAUAUCAAGUUCAAAGAACGGUUCACAAAGUAUAUUGCAUAUGAGUGCAAGUCCUCCAUGUCCAAAUUUGUUGAGUACUGGGUCCCGGUCAGGCUCUCAGAUGUACAAACUGAACAAUAUUGUGAUUGCCUUUUAUCAAAUUCACCUUUGCUUUGCUCUAGUUUGAAGUGCUCCCUUCAUGACUUACUAAUGUCAACUAGAAAGUGCUGUGAUCACCCAUACCUGGUAGAUUGUACUCUGCGGAAAUCCAUGGUAGAAGGCAUUCCAGCAGAUGAUCAGUUAGAUGUUGAGAUUGAACUUAGUGGAAAAUUACAACUCCUCAAUAGGAUCCUUUUCGAGAUUAGGAAACGAGGGCUAAGAGUCCUAAUUCUUUAUCAGAAAGAUGGAUUGCUUUUCACCUGUCAGUCCUUUGCUGCAUCUGGGGGGAUUUCUAUUGGAGACAUUUUGGAUGACUUCAUUCAUCUAAAAUUUGGAAUAGACUCUCAUGCACGCAUUUGUGGGAAUGUUUCUGCUCCAAUGAGGCGAACUAUACUGAACAAGUUCAACAAUAAAGAAAGCGGAAAAUUUGUCAUUUUGAUGGAAACAAGAGCUUGUGUUCCUAGCAUCAAGCUUUCAGCUAUAGAUACUGUGGUUCUAUUUGACAGUGACUGGGACCCAAUGAAUGAUUUUAGAGCAUUGCAGAAGAUGACCAUUGAUUCAAAAUUUGAGCAGUUGAAGGUCUUUCGUUUAUAUUCAUCUUGUACUAUAGAAGAAAAAACACUAAUUCUUGCAAAGAGAGGUUUAAGUGUUGACAGUAACAUCAAAAGAUUAAAGCAGACAACUUGCCAUGAACUGUUGGCUUGGGGUGCCUCCUAUCUAUUCAACAAGCACGAUGAUUGUCAUCACAAUAUUUCAUCCAAAGCUCUUCUGGAUGAUGUAUUUUCUGAGUUGUUAAACCUAUUGCCCAGCAGCAGUGAGAACAGUGGCUCUGCUAACUGCUUCAGGAUUUUGAAAGUGCAGCAGAAUGCAGGAGCCUACCCUCAAAAUAUAACUUUACCUGGUGAAUUGGAAAUGCAGUCGAGGGAAGAUUCCUCCAUCAUAUCAGGAUUACUUGAUAAUGAACAUGCAUCCUUGUUCUGGAUGAAUUUGUUAGAAGGGAGGCACUCAAGGAGGAAAUAUUUGUCUAACCCCUCCCAGAGGGUUAGAAAACAACAUUGUUUACUGGAUGGCUUGCAUGAAUCUUCCGAAAGGGAUGAAGCAGGGAUACAGAAAGCAAAUGCUGUUACAGUUCCAGAUUCUUGUCAGUUCCAAGCAGAUGGAAUUGAAGCAAAUGUUACUGGUACUAAAACGACAAUCACAAACAAUGAACAAGAUCAAAUAAAUUGUGUAGAUGCACAUUCUUGUCAGUUCCAAGCUCCAAAGUCAUUUCCCCUAGAAGAUUCAAAUCAACCACUGGCUUCUUCAGUCCAACAAUCUGCAGGAAAUUUAUCAAUACCCCUCUCAGCUGUGCAAGCAGAUGGAAUGGAGACAAAUGGUACUACCCCAAGAAGCAUAAACAAUCAAGAAGAUUUUGGAAAUAAUAAUCCUAUUGAGUCCUCAGGCAUAGCUGACGUUCCACAGUCACAUUUCUUAGACCCUCUUCAAAGAGAAAUGGAUAAGAUACAGAAAGAGAGAGAGCAAACUAUGAAAUUGCAUGAAGAUUUGAAAUUGUUUCUGAGAUCUGAGUUUGAGAAAGAGUUACUGGAGAUAAGGAAGAAGUAUGACUUGCUGCUUCAAAAUGUGGAGAUGGAAAUUGUACAAAAGCUAAAGGAGUGUAAUGGAUGUUAUGACAGGGUACAUUUAAACAAGUUAUUAGCUGAAUUCAUGAUUGAGAAGAGAAAUGCUAAUGAUACAGCUAAUUCACAAGAGAUAGAGAAAGAAUCAUUGGCAAGCCAACCAGUUAUUGAUUCACCAUUGAAUCCAUCAUCAGAUAUAAUGAGGGCUCCUACUACAAAUCCAAAACAUGUGAAUUCGGAUCAUGCAACGAAUCACCCAUCAGCUGUUCAGCAUACUGCCAAUCUGCAAAUAUCAUCUGUGGGCUUGCCAAGGAGUGGGACAUUGUUUGGUAAUCCUAUAUUACAGCCCGAGUUACAAUCUGUGGUUCCUCAAACAGCUGGUCAUCCAUUAUCGUCAGUAUCCUUGCAAUUUAGCGGGCAAAAUCCUCUAUUAUCAGUCAUGUCAGAGUUAUCUGCAGGUCCUCAAACUUCUCCUCAAGUAACACCAGUAAGUUCGCCAGCGGUUGGGGCAACAUCUCCAAAUCCUGAAUUGGCUGCCACUAUAGAGUCAUUUGCAAACCUGCAACCAGAACUACUUUUGGCCAGCCAGGGAACAGAUGCUCCAUGUGCGACUUCAACACUGCCAGAACAAUUGGUAACACCAACAUCAUAUUAUCCCAGACCAUUUUCUUGUAUUACAGCUACGAGUUUCUCGGGGAGCCUUCAAGUAGGCUGUGAAAUCAGAGCCCCCGCUCCACAUCUAAGACACUUGAGACCAACUGCAGCUAUUUUGAGAUCAGUCGCAGACAGUAUCAACUUGUAGGGUCAUUGGAUGAUCAAACCAUCUAAAAGAGUUAGUUUAGGCAGACCAAAGGGUCCUUUUGCUUUGACAUAUAUAGACGAAUGAUCUUUCAGUAUUUUGGAAUGUUUUGCUGGCCAACCACAAACUUUUGCAGAUGCAAGCAUUCUUUAAGUGGUGUUUCAACCUCUGCAAAUGUGGGAAUGGUCUGUUUGCCUG